UGCACUGGCUACACUGGAGCCUGGAAACCCCAGAGGGAAAUUUCUGCUGAUGGAGGACUCUGAGAAGAAGCUGAACCAGAAGAGUGACGGCAAACCCCGGAAAGUACGAUUUAAGAUCUCCUCCUCCUACAGUGGCCGAGUGUUGAAGCAAGUCUUUGAGGAUGGGCAGGAAUUAGAAUUGCCAAAGGAGGAGUAUCCUCACAGUUUUCUCCAAGAGUCCCUUGAACCAAUGGAUGGUGUUUACGGGUCUGGGGAAGCCCCCAAACCCCGACCAUAUUCCCCCAAGCUGACUGCUCAAAGGAUCAGCGUGUUUAGAGAGGGCAAUGCCUACACUCUGGCGGGCAGCCAGCCUUUCUUCAACGAUUACAAGGCAAAUGACCAUAAGUCCCCACCUAUUAUAGAUUUUGGAAAGAUAAUCAUCUACACGAAUAACCUGAAAAUCAUUCGAACCCCCAUGGACAAGAGAGACUUCAUGAGGAAAAUUCUCCAGAAGGAAGGAGAGGUUGAGGAAGAGUCUCUGAUGAGCAAAGAAGAAAUCUAUGGAAACAGCAACCAUAACGAUGGGCCUCUGGCAGAGACAGGAAGCGCAUUCCCCCUCAACCAGUGCCCACAGGAAGGGGAGCUUCCAGAUGACAACUGUUUUCACUGCCGAGGGUCAGGCAGUGCCACCUGCUCUCUGUGCCAUGGCAGCAAGUUUUCGAUGCUGGCCAACAGGUUUAAGGAGUCCUACCGGGCCCUGCGCUGCCCUGCCUGCAAUGAGAAUGGCCUGCAGCCUUGCCAGAUUUGCAAUCAAUAGCCUGGGGCUUUGUAUGCCUGCUUUUAUCACAUCCUCUCUAGAGUUAUUUCUAAUAAACUGCCCCCCACCCUUCUUCUCCCAGCAAGGAAGCCACAGCAGCUGUGAUCUCUUCCACUCCUGGCAAAAAGAAAAAACCAACAACACUUGACUACUCAAUGACAUCUCAGAGGCUGGUAACAUCUCCAUGUGGGUCUAAGGGGCAGAGGCGCUUUUGAAUUAUUGGAGUCAGCUUUGAAACUGGUUCUAAAAUUACCCUCCCAGGAACACGUGUUUGCAUCUCCCUUGACUUAGCUCAGUGUUCUCCUUGUGCUAGCGAACAGAUAAACGUCAGCUUCAGGCAGCAGGCUGAAGUCGUUUUAUGGUUGGGAAUUAUUUUGCAAACUUAGACGGUGAGACAGGGAUAAAAAAAAACAAACCAGAUUUCUGAUGAACCAAAUUCUUGUUGCUUAUAAUGCAUUUCAAAUUGUCAUUGAUCAAAUUGAAUUUUUAAUUAAGCAGAAGAAGGAAGGGAUGCUCAACGCCCGACUGCACUGGCAGGCUGCGAAAACAGAACAGCAGCUAAGUGCUGCUCUGUGCGGAAGACAGGCCUGCUGAGGAGGCCUUACCUGCGAAGUCUCCAGUCCCUCCUGUGUGAUGUGCUUGGAUAAUAUUCAUGCGGAUGACAGCAAGUCUCCUUCCUAGGACAAGAUAAGACAUUUCUUCAUGCCUCUAAACUAUCGAGGAUAUAAGCCAAGUCAAAGCUUUUUAUGAUAAAUUUGGUGCUUAAGUACUUGUGCAUGAUACUACUUCUUCCAGUCCUGAAUUAUUACCAAAUAAAUAAAUCAACUUUGAGGGUAAGAUAGAGCCACAGUCUCCUCAUAAAAGACUGGAUAUUUUCUAGGUACCCACUGGAACCCUCUAAAAGAAAACUCAACCAAGGCUGAUUUCUAGCAAUUAUCUUUCUACUGUCUAUAACUACCCAUACUAAGGACAAUGCUGUCCUCUCAAAGUUGAUUAUAAAAUUAGAAAACUGCUUUUGUUCAUGAACUUUGUAACUCUAACACCCACUCGCCCUGAGAAUAAAACUGUAAAAUCUGUUAUCUAUUGAGAUACAUUGCUUUUCUGUGAUAAUUACUUGGAUUUUCAUAACUCAAUUUUAUCAAGAUUUGUUUGUUAUAGGAUAAUAUCCAGCUCUUAAAAUAACUCACAGUAGAAUGUUUUUCAGGGAAUAUAAAUACUUCUAAUAAAAAGAUUAAAAUAUUCUCCGAAGCCAUGAUAAUGUUGCCUCUCCUUGCUUGGCUUGCCAGACAAUACAACUGCUACUGGCUCUCUUUGCUUCUGUAUUUAACUGUUUGCUGACUCUGUUUAUGUUUCCUCACAGCUGUUGACUCUUAACUCUUUCCAGAAUAUCAGAGGCAGGAAGAAUAUUGAGAGACCUUUAAGUGUAUUUUUCUGCUUUUUGGUGGGAACAUUGGACAACAGGUACUUCUGGACCCCUGCCACAAGAUGCACAGGACAGCCCUGCCCGGUGUCUGAUGUACUGCAAGACCCAGACGGGAGCCGCCCCUGCUCUCUCACGGGACUUCCAGUUUUGGUGGAGAAGACAGAAGUGCAAAUACAUAAUUAUGAUACAGUGGGACAAGGUCUGGGAUGGGGGAAUUACAGGGAGUGUUACAAGCACAUAGAAGGGACACCUAACAUUGCCUGAGUCGGGGUAGAAGAGGAAAAGAUGUAGCAAUGUUUCUUUUCCUUCCCCUGUGCCCCUAAGAGCCUUUAAUAUGUUUCAUCCCAUAAUAAAUAUAUUUACAAGUGAUGACA